AUGGAUGCUGAACUAAUAAAGAAAGCCUUGUGCUUUCAUGGCAAACCCAUGCAAAAGAUAUGGGAUGAUGAGAGGGGCGCAAUGGAUUUACAAACUAUGGGUGUACCGGAAGAUGGCAAUUACAGCGUCUACAUGGAACGGCAAAAACAUUUCACAUUUCAGGAUAGAGCCAAACGACUGAAAUUGCAUCAAUUUUUGGCACGCAAAGCAGAUGAUCUCUACGACAGGGACUUGUCGAAAAUUCCCGCUAUACCAAGGAAAAUAGAACUUAAUCCGGAGGAUAAAAGUAAGUAUAAUCAAGCAAUUAUGGUUAAGAUGCCGCCAUAUGAAACAUUUUUACAAAAAAAUCAAGAUAAAGUUAAGCGGCACAUCCUUGAAUCAAUUAAGCCGGGCGAUAUUGUCUAUGCCACAAUUUUAAAAGGCAAACUUGGUUCUGUAGCUCCGCUUGUGGUCAAACCUUUGUGUACGGAAGAGAAUAAUUUCAAAAUGCUAAAGGAUUAUAAAAUUAAGACCACAAUUCCGACGCAUUUAUCUGGCCCCCCAGUGUUGGAAAGUACUACUUCAGCCAAUCAUCGUGAUAAUAUACGCUGUGAAGUCAUUGAAAUUUCGGUGGAUGCUGAACGCAUGACCCUCAGUCUAGAGCCAUUUGCAGAGAAAAAUAAAAAUAAGAAAUUAGGAGCAAUAACAGUAAAAGAAUUACCAUCAUUGUAUGGUAAACUUACGGAAAAUCCCCAAACCUAUGAGCAAUAUUUGCACAGUGCCCCCGAAUUGGAAAAUCCAAAUUAUGAUGUGCUAUAUGCCAGUGUGGGCUUAGACGUGAAUGAUAAUUUCACCUUAAUGAAUAAUUUUAAAGAUGGCUUCCCACAACAAGAAUAUGCCAAAGAAUUGAGACAGAUACAGGCCAGUAAAUGGGCAUUUAGAUCUGUGGCCGAGGGUAUUGAAUAUUUUAAAGUUGGCCAACAUGUUGAGGCAUUCCAGUGUUUGAAUAAAGCAUUAAAUAUUGAUCCACGAAAUGUUGAAGGUUUGGUGGCUCGUGGUGCAUUAUAUGCCAAUAAAGGAUCAUUCCUCAAAGCCGUGGAAGAUUUUGAAAAGGCCUUAAAAUUAAACUCUUUACAUGUUAAUGCCCGCAAAUAUAUGGGAGAGACCUUGGUCGCCUUGGGUCGUAGUUAUGAGGAAGAUAAUCGUAUACAAGAUGCCGCCAAGGCAUAUCGUGAUUGUUUAAAUAUAAUACCAAAUCAUGAGCAGGCCACACUACUACUGGAAGCCAUACAACAUAGAACUGGAGCUAAUGUUGAUGUUGCUCCACCGCCACCAAUGUUUGGAAAUUCUUAUGAACAAAUGGAUAGAGCAUCCUCAGCAAGUCAAGGCUCAGAUUCCGAUGAUUCAUCUGAUUCAGAAUCCGAUUCGGAAGAAAAUCGCCCCUCACACAGUAAAAAAGCAGAUUCGUUAUCGCCCUUAAGCAAAAAAUUAGCCUUACAUGCCCAAGAAAUGAAAGUAUCCAGAAAACAGGUGUUCAGCCAACCAUUUUAUGUUAAUCAAAGUGCGGCGCCUACGACGUCGGUUGUUCCCAAUGAGUUUAAGCUUGAUGAGGAUGACACCGAGACAAGGGUUCGCAAACUUUUGCAAGAGGCUUCAAAGCACAAAAAAGAUAAGAAAAAAAGUAAAAAAUCUAAAAAGUCCAAGAAAGCAAAGAAAAGUUCAAAGGAUAACAAAAAUGCAUGGAAAUUAAUCAAUUUCAUUUCCAGAUAUGAUAACCAACAACUCGAUUUGGAUAUACAAAGCCGAGAACAUGCUUUAAAUGAAAAUUUAAAAUUAUAUGAAAAAUCCAUACAGCUGUUGAAGAAACGUCAACUGUUAUUGGAUCAUCAACCAACAACAUCGACAGCAGCCGCAGCGACGUCGAUGGCAGCAUCCAAUAUUAAUACGUCGUCUUUGGCACGUAAGAGAGAUAAAUCUGAGACACCGCCACCAGCCCCCUCAUUUAGAUCCGAUAAAAAUCGUAAUAAUGGUAAGGAUUAUCAUACCAUAGGAUUUGGUAAGCAAUCGUCAGCAUCUACUGCAGGGUCAUCGCAGCUGCAUCACAACUCAGCGACGGCAAAGAAAGAGGAGAAAAAGUUAUCUUUUCAAAUUCGUAAACCUGUUACCGUGGAUAAAUUCGGUUUGAUACGAUUACGAUCGCCCUUUCAACCGGAGAAAAGUCCAACACCAAAAUCUCCCUCACCUAAACGUAGACGUUUACGAUCCCGUUCCCGAUCUCGUUCUAGAUCACGUUCUCGCGGCUAUCGGCGCAGUAGUCGUAGCCGUAGUAUUGGUAGAUCACGAUCACGUCGUUGGCAUUCACGUUCACGUAGUCGUUCGCGUGAACGUUACGCCGCACGACGUAGACGUCGUUCUACAUCACGUUCUCGUUCAAGUUCAUACUCUGACAGACGUCGGAGAGAUUCACGUUCACGAUCGCGUUCUCUUUCACGGGGUCGUAGGCGUCGUUCGCCAUCACCAUUUCAUCGUGGACGACGUUCACCAUCGUCCCCAUCCAGCAGCCGCCGUCGUUCGUAUGGCCGACGUUCACGUUCGCCCGCUUAUUAUGGUCGCGGCGGACGUGGUGGUUUUCGUGGUGGACGUGGUUUUAGUUAUCGCGGUAGUUAUCAUUCAUCGAAAUUUGGUAAUCGUGUUUGGAAAAAUCCCAAUUCAAAUGAUCCAUCAUCAACAAAGGAUUCCUCGCCGGAUGAUGGUCGUUGGCCUCAUGAUAAAUAUGAAAAUACCAGCCCUAGGGCAGAUGGGAAUCCCGAUGAUCCCACAAUUGAGGAAAUUGAUGAGAUUAUAAGUAAGGCACAGCGUGAACGUAAGCAGAAUAUUAUCAAUAAUGAUAAGGAUAUACUUAAGAAACCGAAUAAAUGGUAAAUUAAAAAAAAUAUAACAUCAACAAGA